AUGGCGGCAAGUGAUUUAAAUUGACAAUAACUUUGUGAACGUUGCUCGAAAAUACAGAACAAUGAAUACUCUAAGGCAACAUUUUGGAAAAUCCGAAACAUUUACAGAGUCACAGAAGUGGGUAGUUGGGCAGCUUAUUCCAAUUUUUCCGUGUCACAUCCGAAGUGGUAUUGAAGCCGUUGUGGGAAUGCAGACUGCAGACAUUCAUCCUUUUGAUUCCAGAGUCCUCUUACAACAAUGCAUAGAUUUUAUCCUGGACAACAACACCAUCUUGGAAGCAGCUGUCAAUGAAUACACCGCUACAAGAAUUGAUUUGACUGGGCCGCCACAGCUCAAGUCUGGCGCCAGUAACAGAAAGAUAGAUUACAGGGAUCAGGCAUACGUCAUUGAUUCGGAUGAGGACGAGUAUGAUGAGUUGAGAAUGGUGGGAGCAGUAGCAGAUAUAGAAGCAUUGUGGAAUAAUAACCAGAACCUAUACACCAGUUCCAAAUUCGGCAGCAACCAGAGUGUAGGAACAAAAAAAACACCUCUUGUAAACUUGGUGGACAGCAAGUUUGCGUCUCAUGUCAGUGGGUCUAAAAAUAACUCUUUAACCAGUGCUAUGGCUCAUGAAAUGUUGCAGACAGAUUCCAUGGGGUUGCCAUCGUCUGCAAAACGGAAAUCUUCUGACGUGCCUUCGUUAAAAACGCAGACCACCGACUCUACUGUAUAUUCUGUGCCACCUGCACCGAAUACAACUUCUACAACUGUGAUUCCAAAUUCUUCAUUCCUCAUAUCUAAUGCAUGUCCAACAUUUUCUCAGCUUGUUAAUACAAUGAGUAUGGUGCCACUCCCUAGCAGGAACAUGUUAGAUGGAGGUGGAGCCAUUGGAGCACCCAAUAGUCUUUCAGAACUUGGACAGGUGGGUGGCGUCAGUGUGACAGGGACAGCCAAUCAUAGUUCAACACAAGGACAAAUAGGUGGAGUUAGUAUAGUGGGAACAGCCAGUCAUAGUUCAACACAAGGACAAAUAGGUGGAGUUAGUAUAGUGGGAACAGCCAGUCAUAGUUCAACACAAGGACAAAUAGGUGGAGUUAGUAUAGUGGGAACAGCCAGUCAUAGUUCAACACAGAAACACAAAGGUGGAGUCAAUGUGACAGGAUCACAAACUCCUUUUACAACAGGACUUGUGAAUGGAACUACAGGUGUAUUAACAAGAGGUGCUUCAUCUACGGGAAGUUGUUUAUUAACACCCAGACAUGUGGUUGGAGUCAGUAUGACAGGAUUGGCCAAUAAGAGCUCAAGAUCAGACAAUGUGGGUGUAGCAGGAUCGGCCAGUCAAAGCUCAGUGCUAGCAUGUGUGGGUGGAGCACUUACGUCACCCAGUCUCAGUUCAAGUCUUCCUUUUUCUCCAUCUUUGGCCAUUACUUCUUGUCCAGGCGUCAUAACAAUCAAUGGUGAUGCUGCUGAUGUGAACACAAUGCCGGUGCCACCAAAACAGUCAAUAGCAGAACAGGUGGAAGAGAUGAAGGAUCAAGUGCUUCAGCUUUUCCCAAAUGUGGAACCUACCUAUGUGACCGAUCUGAUUCGAUUAGAUUUUGGUCCUCACUCUGUAAACACAGUCUGCAAUGUACUAUUGGAAUAUGCAGAUUAUCCGAAGGUUCAGAAAACCAACAUUGUUACAGUCCCGAAACAGCAGAUAGUUGUUGAAAAUAAAAUCGACUAUUUCAAAGAGUAUGAUCAGCUCGGGUGUUUCUACUCUGAGGACGAUUGCUCCAGACGCUUACAGAAUGAUUUUCAAAAGGUUUCUGUGAAGGACAUCUCCCGUGUACUGCGGAUGUUCAAUGGUCACUAUGCUCCUGCCUACAAGGCUUUCUUUGAUGCCAUGGAACAGGCAUACAAUGUUCCCGGGAACAAAACUGCAGAUCAGAAGAUCAGACCUGCACCAAAGAGCAUCAAAGUCAGAGCAGAGAGAGCUGGUGGCACGAUAACUGUGAACUUACUAAAGGGCAAGCGAAUAGUAAAACGUAUUCCUCCAGCAGACCCUCACCUGGAGCAGGAAAUUGAUUUCAUCAAGAGAAAACUGGCUGCAGAAAAACAGGAAGCUGAUGAAAAGUAUGCAUGGCAGCUGAACGAGAAUGAGUACGAGGACAGUGGACAGUUGAUCGAGUGUAGCUGCUGUUACGGGGAGAACCCCUUCGAGAGCAUGGUGCAGUGUUAUGACGGCCACCUCUUCUGCAGAGAGUGUCUGCUGAACUAUGCCAAGGAGGCCGUGUAUGGGUCGGGAAAGCUUGGUUUGGCCUGUAUGGCAGCAGAUUGUGAAGCGAGUUUCCCUGUCAGUGAGAUGAAACGCUCUCUGCCCGAGAAUCUGUUAAAGCAGUAUGAAGAAAGGAUUCGCGAGUCCGAUCUCAACUUGGCUGAUCUGGAAGAUCUUGUCAGAUGUCCACACUGUGAUUAUGCUGUAAUCAUGGCCCCCGGAGACAAAGUUUUUAAGUGCCAAACACCCACCUGUAUGAAGGAGACCUGUCGGUACUGCCAGGAGGAGUGGAGCGAUCACAUUGGUAUUCCGUGCAACGAACUCGAAAAGAAAGACGAGUCACACCUGAGAAAACAGUAUGAAGAAAAAAUGACGGAAGCGAAGGUUAGAACGUGUCACAGAUGUAAGAAGAAAUUCAUGAAGGACGAAGGUUGUAACAAAAUGGUGUGCACAUGCAACGCCACCAUGUGCUACAUCUGCAGAAAACCCAACAUUGAUUAUAAUCACUUUUGCGGUCAUGUCCGUGAACCGGGUCACGCCUGUUCUAAGUGUAAAGCCUGUUCUCUGUGGACAAACCCAGAUGAGGAUGAUAACCGAGCAAUCCGAGAAAUUCAAGAAGAGGCCAACGAAAAAAGGAAAGAAAAAGGGUACGAAGAAAACAAGCUGAUAGGAGCACCGGCUGAACCACCUGCUAAGAAGAGGAAAGUCUGACCAACAAAUGGACGACGUAGCCAGCUGUUAACAGUAUUAUUAGUAUUACAAGAGACUUUAGGACAAAGUGAUACCAAAGGAAAGAUAGAUAGCAGACAGUUGUAUUGUUACAGACUUCUUGCCAUUGUUUUAAAGGUUAACUUUAUGAUAAAGUAAAGUUAAAACCAGACCAUGUUGAAGCCAAAUAUCAGGAGAUGACAUUACAUAUGUUUUCAUUUCCAAUAAAGGCUAUUUCAAUUUUAUAAAAAAAAUUGAAAAUCCUGCAUUAAAAUUGCUUUUUGGUUAAAGGAAAAACGACCAAAAGCUAAAACUCUUGAAUAGUGAUAUAAUUGGUUUGGUUUUCUUUUGAAUAGUGAUGCAAUUUGUAUAUUUUCCUCUGAUCUGCUUUAUAAUGUGUGUACUGAAAACAUUAAAAUGAUGUCACAUAUAAGGUAUCCCAUGUUUUCAAAUAGUUUGGAACAUUCAGAACAGUUAUUUUGCAGGGCUUACAUGAAAGCAAAAUUAAGAAUAAAUAAUUUUGCUCCUUACUGCAAAUACACAGUUUACAGAAUUGUUAUUUUAAACCGUACAUGAGCAUAUCACUGUUUAUCGACCACAUUUAAACCAAUAGAAAUGCAGAGUGAACAAAACCUGAAAGCUACAUGUACAAAUACAGCACACUGUUGGAUAUUUUGUAACAUUGUUCCAGGCUUUGUGAAGCCAUAGUGACUGACUGUUGUGUUUCCAUGGAGUGAAGAGUCUCAACAAGGUGAUGACGCCAUAGAUAGUUGCUAGCAAUAUUACAGACUUCAUGAAUUAUAAAAUGUGCCAAACAUUGCUAGCUGUGAGAAGUUUUAUAAAGCUGAUUUAAAAGAAGGUGGGACAGCUGUAUUUAGACUUUGUAAAAUGUGAUUCAAAAUGUGUAGUGGAAAAUCUAAUAAUAUUAUUAGUAAUAGAUGCUGUAUUGGAAACCCCAGACUUUAUAAGCUGUGGUUUGUGAUACGUAGUGAAAAAAGAUUGUGUUGCAGCUGAAUUUAUCAGUUAAGAAUAAGAAAAAAGUCAGAAUAAGCUAGGAUAGAGAACACGGCUAACUGGAGACCAUGAGAUGAGUAGAGACCAAACUGUAAAACAAGAGAAGACAAUACAUAUAGGUGUUAUUAGUAUUAUAGACUAUAAUUGAGAAUCUGUAGUGGGGAAACUAAUGUGUUUCUGUGAAGAGGAACAUCUGAACAGAGUGUGACAAAACAGACUAAUAUUACAGUCUGACUUGAUGAACCAUACCUCAGGAUGUGUCGAGGACAAAUUCUUAUUUGUCUGAACGUUUCUUUAUGAAUAGCAUCUCCAAACAGACAACAUGGUUCCUAGAAAUAAUAUAGACUUCAGGAUGCUUUGAUGACAAACUGUUAUUGCAUCUGAACUUUAGUUUUGAGAAUAAACACUUCAGACAGACAACAUAACAUGGCUAGAUGCUACCAAUAAUAUAGACUUCAGGAUGUGUUUAGGACACACUGUUAUUGCAUUUAACUUUAAAGGGACAUUCCUGAGUUUGCUGCAAUUAUUAAAAAAUGUUAUCAACUAACAGAUACUUUUUUAACGAUUGUAAUUAUAUAUCCAAUAUAUUUUUCUGCAUAAAAUAUUAGUGGCUAGAUGCUAACAAUAAUAUAGAUUUCAAGAUGUGAUUUUGACAAACUCUUGUUGUGUGUAAGAAUAACAGCUCCAAACAGUGGACAUGGUUGGUGCCAACAGUGUUAUAAGAGUUAGACUUCACAAAUCAUACCUGUACGUCAAGGUUACCUUGUACUGUUGACAAACUGGUACGGAGUCUGAACUUUGUGUUAAGAUUAAAGACUCUUAAACAAAGCAAGGACAUGGUUAGUGCUAGAAUAAUUUAACACUUAUACAAACUAUACUGAUGCAAAGAAACAAGGGAAGACAUAAAUAAAUAUUGACUGUAACCAGAACCGUCGUCUUUACUUGUGUUACUGACAUUCAGUGCCACAUGACUGGCUUUCAGUCUCGCAUUUAGGGUUCGUACCAGUCUUUAAAUUCCUGGAAAGUUUGCAUUUGAAAAAAUUAUUUUUAGGUCUUUGAAAGUCUUUUGAAUUAAACGUCUUUAAAUUCUCACCAAUCAUAGCCAAAGCAAUGAUGAUAUCUCUUACAGCUGCAUGUAUUUGAUAUUUUCCAGUUACAAGGUUUAAUCUGUCCUGAUCAUAUUAAAAAAAAAACACAAUUUUUUGCCAUGGACAGCAACGUUAAACAAACUGAUUUGGCAUUUUUAUCGCAUUCUAUUGUCUUUGACCGCUGUGUAAAAGUGUUUGAAAAUGGCAAGUAAAAGUCUUCGAAAGUC